CCACAGUCACGUGUCUCCGCCGCCAUGCUGUCCCGGCUGCUGAAGGAGCAUCAGUCCCGGCAGAGCGAGCGGCGCGAGCUGCAGGAGCGGAGGCGCAGGGAGGCGAUCACGGCCGCCACUCGGCUCACAGAGGCGCUGGUGGAUCACCUCAAUGUGGGCGUGGCGCAGGCCUAUGUGAACCAGCGGAAGCUGGACCACGAGGUGAAGACGCUGCAGGUCCAGGCAGCGCAGUUUGCCAAGCAGACCGGGCAAUGGAUCACCAUGGUGGAGAACUUCAACCAGGCCCUCAAGGAGAUCGGUGAUGUGGAGAACUGGGCGCGCAGCAUCGAGAUGGACAUGAGGACCAUUGCCACCGCGCUGGAGUACGUGUACAAGGGACAGCUCCAGCCACCCUGCUCCUGACCCCCCCGGGUCCCGGCCCCCCCCCCGGCACCGCAAUAAAGGCUGCUUGUGCCAUG